AUGACUGCCGUUAUCACUGCUGAGUUUGUUGGGGAUGCCCCACCGGGGAAGAAUUUCGAUGCGUUUUUGAAUUAUUACCUGGACACAUGUGUGUUCACCUCCUCUGAGCUUCCUGACAUAGAGUACAUACGCUCUCUGUAUUUCAAUAAGAUAGAAUAUGUCAGGUUUAACAGCACUGUGGGGAAGUUUGUUGGAUACACUGAUUAUGGUAUCUAUGUCGCAGAGGUCUGGAACAACGAUCCUGCAAAGAUGGCAGAGAUGAGAUCUGCGAAAGAGAGAUACUGCAAACAUAAUAUAGAGAUAUGGUACCAAGAUGCCCUGGAUAAGACAGCUGAGCCCACUGUGAGACUGACUUCAGUGACGCCCCCUAGUGGUCGACAUCCGGCCAUGCUGAUGUGCAGUGUCUACAACUUCUACCCCAAAUACAUCAGUGUCACCUGGCUGAGAGACGGACAGCCGGUGACCUCUGACGUCACUUCCACCGAUGAGCUGGCAAAUGGUGAUUGGUACUACCAGAUCCACUCCCACCUGGAGUACACGCCCAGGUCUGGAGAGAAGAUCACCUGCAUGGUGGAACACGCCAGUUUCCCCUCUCCUAAGAAAGUGGACUGGAAUCCCUCCAUGUCACAAUCAGACAGAAACAAGAUCGCCAUCGGAGCGUCAGGUCUGCUUCUGGGUUUGAUUUUGUCUUUGGCAGGUCUGAUCUACUACAAGAGGAAGGCCAGAGGGCGUGUUCUGGUUCCAACCAGCUGAAGCAAGAAGUGACGCUUCUUCCUCGUUGGUUUUUCUGGUGGCAGUUCAGUGUGUGUUGCUUUCACCUGAAGGUUUUCUCCCAGGUUGUCAGUGCUGCCCCCUGCUGGAUCUCAUUACCUCCUGCUCGUAUUCUUACUAAUGCUCUACAG